AAUCGGGCAUCUUUGGGGAAAAAUCUCAAUCGUGAGUCGUGAAGGUGAAGGUGGAGGUGGAGGGGGAGACGAAGGAGAAAGAGAUUCCUUUUGAUUAAGCUGUGAUUCGAUCUUCCUAGUGAUUGGAAUUAGAUCUCCACUCUCCAGUUUUCUAGCUAAAUCCAGUUUCAAGAAGUAGAACCCUAGGAACUUCAGACGAUUGACGGUGAAUUAGGUUUUGGUUUGAGAUGUCGAGCUUUCGCGUGGGAGGAAAGGUAGUGGACAAGGUCGACUUAUGUAGGAAGAAACACUGGGCAUGGCGCUUGGAUGUUUGGCCAUUUGCGAUUCUGUAUGCUACUUGGUUGACUACAAUCGUGCCCAGCAUAGACUUCACUGAUGCUACCAUUGCCUUUGGUGGUCUCCUUGCUUCUCACAUCUUAGUCGUGCUUUUCACUGCGUGGUCGGUGGAUUUCAAGUGUUUUGUCCAGUUUAGCAAGGCUAAAAGUAUCAACCAGGCAGAUUCAUGUAAAGUUACGCCAGCCAAAUUUUCUGGGUCUAAAGAAGUUGUGCCUCUUCAUUUUCGUAGCCAAAUGACAGGUUCGGCAUCUUUGGGAGACAUGGAAGAAAUUUUCUUUGACUUCAGAAAGCAGCGUUUUAUAUUCUCAAAAGAGCUAGGAGUCUUUUCCAAGCUUCCCUACCCCACAAAGGAAACAUUUGGUCAUUAUCUAAAAUGUACUGGUCAUGGUACAGAAGCUAAAGUUGCAACUGCCACUGAAAAGUGGGGAAGGAAUGUAUUUGAUUAUCCGCAACCUACAUUCCAGAAGCUAAUGAAAGAAAACUGCACGGAACCUUUUUUUGUAUUUCAGGUUUUCUGUGUGGGUCUUUGGUGCUUGGAUGAAUUCUGGUAUUACAGUGUGUUCACACUAUUCAUGCUUUUGAUGUUUGAGUCAACAAUGGCAAAAAGCCGCUUGAAGACAUUAACAGAAUUAAGACGAGUUAGGGUGGACAGUCAGACGGUGAUGGUGUAUCGAUGCGGGAAGUGGGCGAAGCUGUUAGGUACAGAUCUGCUGCCAGGAGAUGUUGUGUCCAUUGGGAGACCUUCAUCUCAUACUGGAGGAGAGGAUAAGACAGUACCAGCGGACAUGCUUUUACUGGUGGGAAGUGCUAUCGUAAAUGAAGCCAUUUUGACAGGCGAGUCAACUCCCCAAUGGAAGGUUCCAGUUGCCGGCGAAGGAUCUGAUAAAAAAUUAUCAAUCAAAAGAGAUAAAAACCAUGUUUUAUUUGGCGGGACCAAGAUCUUGCAACAUUCACCCGACAAGUCAUUCCCUCUGAAAACCCCUGAUGGUGGCUGUCUAGCUGUUGUUCUGCGAACUGGAUUUGAGACAAGCCAAGGAAAACUAAUGAGGACAAUUUUAUUUUCUACGGAGAGGGUUACUGCAAACAGCUGGGAGAGUGGUCUGUUCAUAUUAUUUCUAGUUAUAUUUGCCGUGAUAGCUGCGGGCUAUGUUCUUGUAAAGGGUCUCGAGGAUCCUACAAGGAGCAAAUAUAAGCUCUUGCUUGGCUGUUCAAUUAUCAUUACCUCAGUGAUCCCGCCUGAAUUGCCUAUGGAAUUAUCCAUUGCUGUCAAUACGUCAUUACUUGCUCUUUCACGUCGUGGGAUAUUUUGCACAGAGCCUUUCAGGAUCCCUUUUGCCGGGAAGGUUGAUUUGUGCUGUUUUGAUAAGACUGGUACACUCACGUCAGAUGACAUGGAGUUUCGAGGAGUUGGGGGCUUGUCUGAUCGUGAAGAAGCAGAGACUGAUAUGAGCAAGGUUCCUGUACGCACAUUGGAGAUUUUGGCUUCUUGUCAUGCGUUGGUCUUUGUAGACAACAAGCUGGUUGGGGAUCCUCUUGAGAAGGCUGCACUUAAAGGAAUUGACUGGAGUUACAAGUCUGAUGAAAAGGCCUUGCCGAGAAGAGGAAAUGGCAACGCGGUGCAGAUUAUGCAGAGAUACCAUUUUGCUUCGCAUCUGAAGAGAAUGUCAGUUAUCGUUUGUAUUCAACAGGAAUAUUUCGUGUUUGCGAAGGGUGCACCAGAGACCAUUCAAGAUAGGCUUGUGGAUGUGCCAGCAUCAUAUAUCGAAACAUAUAAGAGAUACACACGCCAAGGAUCUCGAGUUCUAGCUCUUGCAUAUAAACGACUUCCUGAUAUGAUGGCCAGUGAAGCUAGAGACAUGGAAAGAGAUGCUGUUGAGAAUGACCUUACUUUUGCUGGGUUUGCGGUCUUCAACUGCCCCAUUAGAUCAGAUUCAGCCACCGUUCUCUUGGAAUUGAAGAAUUCAUCUCAUGAUUUGGUGAUGAUUACAGGUGAUCAAGCUUUGACAGCUUGUCAUGUUGCAAGCCAAGUGCAUAUUGUAUCAAACCCAGUUUUAAUUCUUGGUCAAUCAAAGACUGGUGACGAAUACAAGUGGGUGUCACCUGAUGAGAAGGAUAUCAUACCCUACAGUGACAAAGAGAUCGAAACCCUUGCAGAGACGCAUGAUUUAUGUAUUGGAGGUGACAGCAUUGAAAUGCUACAGGCUACAUCUGCUGUUUCGCGAGUCAUUCCAUUUGUUAAGGUUUUUGCGAGAGUUGCUCCACAGCAGAAGGAGCUAAUAUUAACUACCUUUAAAGCCGUAGGAAGGGGGACUCUGAUGUGUGGAGACGGGACAAAUGAUGUCGGAGCAUUGAAGCAGGCCCAUGUUGGAGUGGCCUUACUGAAUACUAUACCUCCCUCGUCAAGUGGAUCAGACUCGUCUAAAGAUGAUUCAAAGUCAAAGUCAAAAAAGUCGAAAGUGCCAAUAGAACCAGCAAGCAAAACCGCAAUUCAGAAUGGGGAAGGAUCAUCAAAGGGAAAGAUCACACCCCAAAACCGCCACUUAACUGCUGCGGAAUUGCAGAGACAAAAGUUAAAGAAGAUGAUGGAUGAACUAAACAAUGAUGAUGGUGAUGGCCGGUCAGCUCCCUUAGUCAAACUUGGGGAUGCAUCAAUGGCAUCUCCCUUCACAGCUAAACAUGCGUCGGUUGCCCCAGUGACAGACAUAAUCCGACAAGGUCGUAGUACACUGGUGACGACUCUACAGAUGUUCAAAAUUCUCGGUCUGAACUGUCUUGCCACAGCUUAUGUCCUAAGUGUUAUGUACUUAGACGGUGUGAAGCUCGGGGAUGUCCAGGCUACAAUCAGCGGAGUAUUAACAGCUGCGUUUUUCCUCUUCAUCUCUCAUGCUCGACCGCUUCAAACCCUCUCUGCAGAGCGACCCCACCCGAGUGUCUUCUCCAUGUACCUCUUCCUCUCUCUGCUUGGGCAGUUUGCUGUUCACAUAACCUUCUUGAUCUACUCCGUGAAGGAAGCUGAGAAACACAUGCCCGAGGAAUGCAUCGAACCAGAUGCACAAUUCCAUCCAAAUCUGGUGAAUACGGUGUCGUACAUGGUGAGCAUGGUGCUUCAAGUUGCAACUUUUGCUGUGAAUUAUAUGGGACAUCCGUUUAACCAGAGUAUCAGGGAAAAUAAACCUUUCUUCUACGCGCUCAUUGCUGGAGCAGGGUUCUUCACCGUCAUCGCCUCUGAUCUGUUCAGGGACCUGAACGAUUCGCUGAAGCUGGUUCCUUUACCUGAGGGUAUGAGGGAUAAGCUUCUCCUCUGGGCUUUGCUUAUGUUCAUCAUCUGCUACUCGUGGGAGCGGUUGCUCAGGUGGGCUUUUCCUGGUAAGAUUCCUUCUUGGAAGCAUAAGCAAAGAAGUGUCGCUGCAAAUCUGGAGAAAAAGAAGAAAGUAUAAGAAGAGCCAAACAGGUUAGGUUCAGUCAAAUCAAUCAAUCAGUCUAUACAUUUUUAACUUGAAAGAUAGAUGUUCGGUUUUGGGAUCUUGUUUUGUGGAAGCUAAAGACACGAGCAUUUUUCAUAGGUCUCUCUGGUUAUUAGACAUUUUGUUUCAGAUUCACAGUUCACUUUUAUAUAAUGUUCCUCUCAUUUCUUAACUUUUUUGUUUGUUACUCUCUGAGAAGAACCACACAUUCUCAUAUCCUUGAACUAAAUCUAAGGGUUUUACAUUACUCUCUA